GUGCUUCAUAUAUGCUUGGUAGAGCUUUAACUUCAACUAUUUGGGGGAUGGUAGCAGAUCGUAUCGGCAGGAAGCCGGUUAUUGUGUUUGGAAUUUUCUUCACUACUGGAUGGCAAUAACUACACGUUUUCUUGUUGGAUCAUUGAAUGGUUUACUUGGCCCAAUAAGAGCUUACACUACUGAAGUUUGUCGGCCUGAGCAUCAAGCUAUUGGAUUGUCACUUGAUAGCACAUCAUGGGCAAUGGGUCUUAUUAUUGGAUCAGUUAUUGGUGGAUAUCUUGCACAGCCAACGGAAAAAUAUCCAAAGUUAUUUCCUGGCAACUCACUAUUCGGAAGGUACCCGUACUUAUUACCUUCCUUAUGUAUAUCGGUCUUCUGCUUUAUUAUCUUUAUAAGCUGCAUGUGGCUCCCGGAGACACUGCAUGAUCUCAAAGUCCACAAAAAGGACGAUGGACCAAUUGAAUCUCCGGUUGCACAUUUUGCCAAAUCUGAAGAACUUCUUGAGCAACAUAUUACUCCAACUAUAAAUAAGAAUUUGUUUAAGAAUUGGCCAUUGAUGUCAUCUAUCAUUCUCUACUGUAUCAUCUGCUUUGAUGAUAUGGCAUAUACAGAGAUAUUUUCUCUAUGGUCUGAAAGUGAUAAAAAGUAUGGUGGGCUAAGUUUCUCCCCUGAGGAUGUUGGUCAAGUACUUGCAAUUUCAGGUGUGAGUGUUAUGUUGUAUCAAACAUUUAUUUAUCCUAAUAUUGAGAAAAUUCUUGGACCAAUCAAUACUUCUCGUGUUGCAGCGGUUCUAUCUAUGGUUUUGCUUUUUACUUACUCACCUAUGACGCACCUCCCAAGACCUUGGGUUCAAAUAGUACUAAAUAUUGUUUCGGUACUUAAAAGUAAUCUUGUUGUCACCAUUGUUACUUGCACGUACAUACUUCAAAAUGAUUCUGUGACCCAAGAUCAAAGAGGAACGGCAAAUGGUUUAGCCACCACUCUAAUGUCCUUUUUCAAGGCAUUUGCUCCAGCAGGAGCUGGUAUUGUGUUUUCAUGGGCGCAAAAGCGUCAACAUGCUUUCUUCUUUCCAGGUGAUCAAAUGGUGUUCUUCCUUUUGUUCAUUGUCGAGUUUGUUGGGCUGGUUUGGACAUUCAAGCCUUUUCUUGUUAUGCCAGAAAAACUUUCUUUAAACUAUUCCUCCAACUGAGAUAGAGUUUCUUGAGAAGUUCUGUGACAUGGACUACAAAGAGUUUGUAUCUCCUAGGUAAUUAAGGCAGCCUUUGUCCACCUUCUUCUGCAAUUUGGGGAGCUACCGAUAGUUGACAACAAAGGGUGGACCCAAACCUUGGGCCACCCAAGCAGUGGCCUGGGGCCUGGAAGUGAAGACCCAUAUAAGCUCAUCUGAUUUCACCAUGUAAAAGGAUCUGAGCUAAAGUUGGAGCGGCCCAGGGCCUGUCUAAAGUAUGGGUCCGCUCCCAACCAUAUAAAUUCUUGUUGAAGAAUUCGAAAUAUUCAGCAAGAAAGAAAAAUGGAAGUACAAGACGAUGAACAUAAAAAUUGCGUAGUUCUAAGCACGCAUCCAAAAACUGUUUCUGAAAGUGGAAACCAUGUGUUUUUUUAAAAAAAAAUAAUUUAAAUUGAUAGUGUUGACACUAGGAAACUGGUGGAAAGCCUGCCGCCGGCUAGUAACCUAAUGGACUUUGGACGAUCACUUAUGAUUGUUUUUCUUCUUGGUCAUUGAUCUCAUAAAGUUUGUUUCAAUCAAUGAGAUCAGAAUAGUUUGUUUCAAUCAAUGAGAUCAGAAUAUUAAUUUCCAAUCA